UGGAGGCUUCAAAUGUGUUCAGACUUCAAGCGUCUCAGUGGACACGGACGAAGUUGAAAGGAAACUCUCGAGAAACAUUUCGUCUAGCGCACUGCCGUUUGGUUUUCAAGGUCGCAUUCAGUGCUGUCUAUGUUUACUAUUAAGCGUUUGCGAGUCGAUGAAAGUGUUUCACUGAAUUCUAAAAACAAAACUACAUAGGCCUAACUAUAUGGCAAACUUCGGUAGAGGUCCUAGCCGACAGCUAUCACUCAUAAACACCGUAUUUAACUAGUGUACUCCCAAAAGAAGAACACUUUACAGAGGUUAAGACAACAGCCUUGCCACAUAACGGCCGCCAUGUUUCCUGAUGCCCUGGAAGCAGCUGGGCGGGUGGAGGGUCUGCCCCUGUCUUGCCCCAACACCCUGCCCGACCCAGAGGAAGACGAUGGAGAAACUGAAGAGGGGAAGGGGCAUAAGAGGAGAGGCCGCUACCGACACAGCUUGCACAUACUCAAACCAUUCAGGAUAAAACACAAGCACCAGCACCCAGUCGACAACGCUGGACUCUUUUCCUUCAUGACCCUCCAUUGGCUCUCCCCGUUGGCACUCAAGGCCUAUAAGGCAUCCAGUCUGUCCAUAGACGAUGUAUGGGGCCUAUCCUGUCACGAGGCUUCUGAAACAAACUGUCAGAGAUUGGAGUCCUUAUGGCACGAUGAGCUGAAGAGAAAAGGCAAAGACGGAGCUUCUCUGACGCGGGCUUUCUGGAGGUUCUGUCAGACCCGCAUGCUUGUGGCCAUCUUCUCCCUCCUCCUCACCAUGGUGGCUGGCUUUGUCGGGCCUGCCGUCCUGGUUCGGGCUCUGUUGGAGUAUUCCCAGAGCACUGAGAGCUGGCUUCCCUAUGGCCUCUCCCUGGUGGCUGGCAUCUUCCUCAUGGAGCUCAUGCGCUCCUGGUCCCUGGCUCUAAUGUGGGCCGUCAACUACCGUACCGCUGCCCGCCUCCGGGGGGCAGCACUCACGUUCGCCUUCCAGAAGAUCCUUCGCCUACGCAGCACCAAAGACAUCAGUCCUGGAGAGUUGAUCAACAUCUGCUCCAGCGACGGCCAGAGGCUGUAUGAGGCUGUGUCUGUGGGCUGUUUGCUGGCUGGAGGGCCACUGGUGGGCAUCCUGGGGCUGUGUUACACAACCUACUUCCUGGGCCCUACGGCCCUGGUGGGAUCAGCCAUCUUCCUUAUCUUCUAUCCCUUCAUGAUGCUGGCCUCGCGUCUCACAGCGUAUUUCCGCAGGAAGUGUGUGGUUGUGACUGACCAGCGCGUGAGGCUCAUGAACGAGAUCCUGGGCUGUAUCAAGUUCAUCAAGAUGUACUGUUGGGAAGAUGCCUUUUCCCAGAAUGUCCACAAGGUGCGUUCAGAAGAAAAGGGUAUACUGGAGAAGGCUGGCUAUGUCCAGAGCCUCACUGUGGGCGUGGCUCCCAUCGUCGUGGUAAUAGCUAGCGUGUGCACGUUCACCUUACAUAUGGCGCUGGGCUACGAUCUCAAUGCUGCUCAGGCCUUCACUGUGGUGGCGGUCUUCAACUCCAUGACCUUUGCCCUCAAGGUCACUCCAUUAGCCGUGCGCUCUUUGUCAGAGGGUAAAGUGGCUGUUAAAAGAUUUCAGAGGCUCUUCAUGAUGGAAGACCGAGAGGUCGUCACGGUAAAAAUGGAGGAUCCUGAGAACGCCGUUGAGUUCCGGGACGCGACGUUGGCUUGGGAGAAGGCCCGCGCCCCGGCGGACAAACCCUCGACCCCGCCCAAGAAGCCCUUCAAGCGCGGGGGCAUCUCCCGGGUCCUGCGCAGGGAGAAGCUGAGCUUGUACAUCAGCACGGAGGAAGGGAAGGGCGGCGGGGAGGGACCCAAUGGGCAGAGCCUGCUCACGCACAUGGAGCAGGAGAGCCCUCAGAGCACCAUCUCCUCCACUCAGAGCAUUAGACCCCCCCUCCACAAGACCCUGCAUCGCAUCGACCUGCGCGUGCGCAGGGGGGCGCUGGUUGGAAUCUGUGGAGGUGUAGGAAGUGGAAAGACCUCGCUUCUGUCUGCUCUCCUUGGCCAGAUGACGCUGCUGGAGGGGACUGUGGCGGUGGGCGGGGGAUUCGCCUACGUGGCCCAGCAGGCCUGGAUCCUCAACGACUCGCUGAAGGAGAACAUCCUGUUUGGGAAGGAGUAUGACUCAGCCAAGUACAACGCUGUGCUGGAAGCCUGCUGUCUUGUUCCCGAUCUUCUAGACCUGCCUUACGGAGACAUGACCGAGAUAGGAGAGAGGGGUGCCAAUCUGAGCGGAGGCCAGCGUCAGAGGGUGAGUCUGGCACGCGCCCUGUACAGCAACCGGCCCCUUCUGCUGCUGGACGACCCCCUCAGUGCGGUCGACGCCCACGUCGGCUCCCACCUCUUCCACAAAGCCAUCCGCGGAGCCUCCAAGGACAAGACCAUCCUGUUCGUAACGCACCAGCUGCAGUACCUGUCAGAGUGUGACGAGGUGAUCCUGAUGAGGGACGGGCAGAUUGCAGAGCAUGGCACCCACGCCCAGCUAAUGGGCAGAGGGCGAGACUAUGCCAGCCUCUUCAACAGCAUGCAGCAGGAGGACCUGGUGAGAAAGAACCUGAUGAACAAGGAAGGGAGAACAGCAGAGGGAAAGGUUGAGACCAUCGUCGUCGCGCAGGCUGCCAGACCACCAGCGGAGAACAGGAAAGGAGACCAGCUCAUGAAGGCUGAGGAGAGAGGUUCUGGUGCUGUGGCCUGGUCUGUGUAUGCGGCCUACAUCAAAGCUGCAGGAGGUCCUAUAGCCCUCACCUUCAACAUCUUCCUCUUCCUCUCCACCACCGGUAGCAUAGCCUUCAGCAACUGGUGGCUCAGCUACUGGAUUCGCCAGGGCUCAGGGAACACAUCGUUCGUCCUGGAGAAUGAAACGGUGGCAGGCAACAGCAUGAGGCUGAACCCUCACAUAAAGUACUACUCUACCGUAUACAUGUUGUCUAUGGGAGCAGCCCUGCUCUUGAAGACAAUGCGAGGGCUUGUGUUCGUCAAGUGCACCGUGAGAGCAGCCUCCGUCCUCCACGACAAGCUGUUCCGCCAGCUCCUCCUCAGCCCCAUGCGCUUCUUCGACACCACACCUCUGGGUCGAGUCCUCACCCGCUUCUCCCGAGACAUGGACGAGGUGGAUGUGCGUCUGACCAUGCAGGCUGAGAUGCUUCUCCAGAACAUGACCCUGGUCCUCUUCUGUCUGGGCAUGGUGGGCAUCGUCUUCCCCUGGUUCCUGCUCUCCCUCCUGCCGCUUGGAGUCUUCCUCUUUGUCGUCAACCGCAUCUCCAGGGUUCUGAUCCGUGAGCUGAAGCGAUUGGAGAACAUUAGCCUAUCGCCAUUCACCUCCCACAUCACCAGUAGCCUCCAGGGCUUAUCAACCAUCCAUGCCUAUGGCCGAGGGGACGAUUUUCUUCACAGGUACGAGGCUUUGCUGGACACCAACCAGGCCUCCCACUACCUCUUCAGCUGUGCUAUGCGCUGGCUGGCAGUGCGACUCGACCUGAUCAGCAUCACGCUCAUCACAUCUGUAGCUCUCCUCAUCGUCUUCAUGCACAACCAGAUACCUCCAGCAUAUGCAGGCUUGGCUAUAUCCUAUGCUGUGCAGCUUACUGGUCUGUUUCAGUUCACCGUGAGGCUGCUGUCCGAGACUGAAGCUCGGUUUACGUCAGUAGAGAGGAUCAAUCAUUACAUAAAGAACCUAGAGAGCGAGGCGCCCAGACGCAUCCCUGGGCCAUCUUCUCCUGCCCCCUGCUGGCCUCACGAGGGACGAAUUUUGUUCCAGGACGUGGAGAUGCGUUACCGUGACGACCAGCCGCUGGUCCUCAAAAAACUCUCUUUUAACAUCAUGCCAGAGGAGACCAUUGGCAUUGUGGGUCGCACUGGAUCAGGAAAGUCCUCCUUAGGCGUGGCUCUGUUCAGACUGGCCGAGCUGACUGGAGGCUCCAUCAUCAUUGAUGGCAUUGAUAUUGCUCAGAUUGGCCUGGAUGACCUGAGAAGCAAGCUGUCCAUCAUUCCACAAGAGCCCGUUCUUUUCAUAGGCACUGUCAGGUCCAAUCUCGACCCAUGGGGUCAAUACUCGGAUGAACAAAUCUGGGAUGCACUUGAAAGGACCCAUAUAAAGGAAAUGAUCAGCCAGCUGCCCCACUCCCUCUCUUCAGAGGUGACGGAGAACGGAGAGAACUUCUCCGUGGGAGAGAGACAGCUGUUGUGUGUGGCAAGAGCUCUGUUGAGACACAGCAAGAUCCUUCUGUUGGACGAGGCGACGGCAGCCAUAGACACAGAGACAGACCGGCUAAUCCAGGAGACCAUCCGGGAGUCUUUUGUUGGGUGCACCACUCUAGUCAUUGCUCAUCGCCUCAACACUGUGCUCAGCUGUAAACGAGUUAUGGUGUUGGACCACGGACAGAUUUUGGAGUUCGACUCCCCCUCUGCAUUGCUGGCAGAUGAGAACUCCAGAUUCCGUGCCAUGAUCCAAGCAUCGGAUGGCAAGAGGAGUGAAACCCAACAGAGCUGAACUGCUCCAGACUCCAGGACUCAGCUGACAAUUCAGCAAGAUACCCAACUCAAAAAACAUCCUUUUAAAUGCAAUGCGGAGGUUUGCACAAAAGCUGCUUGGUGUACAGACUGUUGAUUUCAUAAACCAAAGCCUCUGAUGACCAUGCUGUAAAGUCACACCAUAGAUGUCAAUUGAAUAUCUCCUACAGUAUGUAUUUGCAGGAUCUGAGUGUAUUCAGCUGAUCUUUGCUGCUGUCGAAAGAGUGAAAGUCCUGGAGGCCAAAAGAACAGACGCAAGAGCCUAAGAGCAUUGACUCUUACAAUGACACUUUAUAUUUCAUGAUGAAACACUGAAGACCAUGAAAGUCCCCCUUUCCCCUGUCUCUAGGAGGCCAACUAGGAGAUGCAAACAUUUUUCGCAUUUUUUGAAAUAGUUUGAAAUCCACACACAAAGGACACACACAUUAAACUGUCAUUAUCAUGUUACAACAAUGCAUUUCCCCUUAUCAAAUAACUGUACCAAAGUGUCCAGUCCACUGUAAUGUCAGGAAUAUGCAUUUUCAAAAGUACUGUUCUUUUUUAUCAGGUUUAUCAGAUUGUUAUAUAGUAUAGUAUAGACGAUAUCAUUUCAGAAAGUUAUUGCAGAUGCAGUAUGUGUGCCUAUACAGUUACAGUUGAGAUUUGUCAUGUAGUCCACUGGACCUUUAAGCUGUUAUGUGAAGAUUUGCUCAUAUUUUUGUUCUCGUUAGGUGAAUCAAAGGUUAUUUAUCUAAAUGCUGGUAUUUUAAAAUGAUCUCUUGUAUUUCUGUUUGUAGGUACAUCUGAUGGAUUAUUUUUUAUCUUCAUGCGUAACAUUUUUAAAUGUAAUAUUUUGUUGUACAUACAUUUAGAUACAUUGAAAUUAUAUCAAUAUGGAAUUAUGAAAUAAAUAAAUUAAUGGCACAGACAAUGUUGAAACUAUAAUGAACAAUUUCAGUGUUUUGUUAUCAUUUGGGAUUGUAAACAUCUGCCUUAAAACUAACACUGAUCAAAGGUUGAGUGCAAUAAUGCAGACAUGGACAAGAUUGCCUUGUAAGACGUGAGAUUGUAAUUUUCCAUUUUUUUAUCUGUAAAGUUUUGAUAAUAUGGAAUAAAAAUGCUUUAGCAAUAAAGAUAUUUUUUAUA